UCGCUCACUAGCGGCCACGGUAUCACACACACAGACAACAAUGAAGUUUCUGGCACUUGUGCUCCUGGUAGCUUACGCUUGCGCUUCUGAGAUCGAGAAGCGAAAUGCGGAGCCAGACUAUGACUAUUAUCGUCCUUCCCACGGCUAUUAUCGCCCCUCCUAUGGCUACGGCUAUGGUCAUCCCUAUGGAUAUCGUACCUACUACCCAGUAGGCUACGGUUAUAGGCACCACCAUCACAAGAGGUCUGCUGAGCCAGAACCAGAGGCUAAGGCUUCCUACUAUAAUGGACACUACCCUGUCUACCGUCCUUAUGGUCACCACUACGCAAAGAGGUCUGCCGAUCCUGAACCUUAUGCUGAACCUUCCUAUGGCUAUGGUUAUUAUGGCUAUCCUCGUCCAGUUUACCAUUACCCUUCCUAUUACUACGGCUGUACUAUAUGGGGCAUUGCUUUGGUCUUUUCCAAAAGAAUCGACUAUAUAAAGAUGAAGCUGACUUCAAUCAGUAGACAUUCGCUCAGAAGUAGCGACGGUGAUCACCCACAAACAACUAUGAAGUUCCAGGUAAUCAUGCUCUUGGUGGCUUGCGCUUGCGCUACUGAGAUUGAGAAGCGAAAUGCGGAGCCAGACUAUGGCUAUUAUCGUCCAUCCCAUGGCUAUUAUCGCCCCUCCUAUGGCUAUGGCUAUGGCCACCCCUAUGGGUAUCGUAGCUACUACCCAGUAGGCUACGGUUAUGGGCACCACCAUCACAAAAGGUCUGCUGAGCCGGAACCAGAGGCUGAGGCUUCCUACUACAAUGGACACUACCCUGUCUACCGUCCUUAUGGUCACCACUACGCAAAGAGGUCUGCCGAUCCUGAACCUUAUCCUUCCCCCUAUGCUGAACCUUCCUAUGGCUAUGGCUACUAUGGCUAUCCUCGUCCAGUUUACCAUUACCCUUCAUAUCACUAUGGUUAAGAAAGUCUGUCAAUGCUCUUCCUGGAGUAUUUCUGUGGGGCUGAUUUAUAACCAGGUGAACAUGUGAAUCACUAAUGCACAAAA